CAUAUGAGAGAAGAGGUGACAAACACCUGUAUGUUUUUCUAAUUCUAAUGUUGUUUUGGAUAUUCUAUAGAUAGCUUUACUCUUCGUCUUCUUCAUCUUCAUCAUCCUAGUAGUAGCAGUGGUAGUAGCGUUUGUUUAUUUGAUUCCCAAUUGAGUAUGUCAGGAGGAGGGAUGAUCGGCAUGGCUUCGGAAUCAUUACCAGUGGGAUUCAGAUUUCAUCCAACUGAUGAAGAACUGGUCGAUCACUAUUUGAAGUUGAAGAUACUGGGCAUGAAUUCCCAUGUAGACAUCAUCCCUGAGGUUGAUGUCUGCAAAUGGGAGCCUUGGGAUUUACCUGUUCUUUCAGUGAUACAAACAAAUGAUCCAGAGUGGUUCUUCUUCUGUCCUCCUGAUUACAAGUACCCAACUGGCCGUCGUUCCAACAGGGCAACAGAAGCUGGCUACUGGAAACCCACCGGUAAGGAUCGUAACAUCAAGUCUCGGGCCACCAAAGAGUUGCUUGGUACCAAGAAAACUUUGGUUUUCUAUAGGGGCCGUGCUCCUCUAUCAGUCAGGACCAACUGGGUUAUGCACGAGUAUCACGCUGCUAUUGCCUCCCUUCCUGCCAAUAAGGCCUAUGCUCUAUGUCGCUUAAAGAGAAAAACAGAUGAGAAUACAGGGCCUGAUAUUCCUCCAGAAACUAACGUGAAUGGUAUUGUGUUUAAUCUGGAUGGCCUAGCCAACAUGGUGACCUUAGGUGGUGAGCCGAGCCAUCAUGCUAGCAUUAGUGCUUUUGAUUUUGGAAAUUAUCAAGUAGAGGAACCGACUCCAGAGAUGGAUCCUCUGAUUCAAGGUUUAUUAAAUGAACCCACAUUUAUUUCAGCGGAUUAUGAUUUUUCCUCUGACACAGAGCAAGGACCUCACUUGGAUCUCCCAUUUGCAAAUGGCUUUAACAAUGUCUGUGAAAGGACGAUAUUUCAGGAUGGCUCCUCUGAACCGGAUGACGAUGUUAGUAGGUUCUUGAAUACUCUUAUUGUUGAUCAGGAUGAACACCCUUUUGGAGAAUUAGCCAGUCAGAGGAGCUCACCUGUUGAUAGUGGGAACCUGAGGAAUGAUUCUAUAGGCAAGCUAUCAGCCCGGCCACAGAGCCCAUUGAAGGGAGUGUAUGGUAAGGGUGGUGGAUCAAGCAGUGACACAGACACUGAAGUGCUUCAAGUUCAGUAUAGUCAAUCACGGAAAACUUCAAGCUUGAUCAAUGGGGUUUCCCAUUCAAAGCAUUGUAUGCCAUCACCAAUGGCUCAACGGUCGUAUGCCACAUCACAGUUAUCCAGCAUUAACCAGCACAGAAAGGAAAACAAGAGUUCUCUUCAUGAUGAGUCCAGGAGAUUUGCUGCUCCCUCCAUUGAGAGAUUAGACAACUUUGUAGCACAGCGGGUUGCUCCAAAGAGUGUCAAAUUGGAAGGGAAUGCCUCAAAUACUGAUGGACCCCAAGCUUUAACUAAAUUGAGCUGCAGCAUGUCAAAAUCGGAAGAAAAGUCAGUCUCUACUAAGGCCAAGGAAAUGGCAGAAUAUGAUUCUGCUACUGACCACAACAAAGACUCCAUCAAAGAGUCCAAGAAAGACUGCGAAGUUACACAAAAAGCCAAUGUGAAACUGAGUCCAAAGUCGAUAUGGAAUGUGCCAGUCGGAAGCAAUCAAAAGGGUUCCUUCAAUUGCCCAGAGACAGCUUUUGUAAGCCACGAACAAAGUUCCUCACCAGAUUAUCUUGUCAAUUUACUUGUGGGCAUGCUAUUGUUCGUGCUUCUUAUUGCAGUUAUGGUGCUAGACAUCAAUGCAAAGGUUUCAAAGCCUUUGCAGUGAGGUGAUAUUAUCACAUUUCAAAACCCACCCCUUAGGUUACCUUUGGAUAUGUUUUUUAUUUUCUACUUUUAAAAUUAUAAACUCGUAGGAAAGAUAUAAACACCCUUAUGCAAAAAGUAGAAAUUUAACUUGUGUUCUUGAAAAAACUUAAAAAUGUUUUAUUUCCAUAAAUUUAAAAAAAUUUUAAAAGUAUUUUCAAGUAUAUAAGGUAUGUAUCUACUUUUUCUACGAGUUUCUAUUUUUAAAAAUAAAAAAUAAAAAGUGUAUCCAUAAGUAACCUUAGUUUUAGAUUUCUCUUGAAUCCACCAGCCAGCCAACCAUAACCAAAAAAUUCACACAGUGAACAACCAUCUAUGAAGAGAAGCAUGUGUGUUUUUUUUUGCUGCAUGGAGAUAUCUGAAACUCAAGGUUCUGCAAGUAUCGCACAUAAAAAGUUGGCCAUGUUGGUAAAUGCUUUAUAUGGAGUGAGGAUUACUUUUUAUGAAUCUAUAUAUGUAUGUUGUAUUAGGGAUAUUUGGGUGUUACAAGCAGUCUGGAUUGUAGAUGUAACAUUGGUGAAGACUCAAGAGAAGCAAGUGGGUUUUGGAGUAUGGAGAUAUCUUAAACUCAAGGUUGGAAGGAUACUACUUAAUGGCCAUGCUUGAAGAUGCAAUAUAUGGAGUGAGGAUCACUUUGUGGAUGAAAAUAUAUGUUUGUUGUACUAGAGAUAAAUGGGUGUUACAGGGGCAGUCUUUAUUAUAGAUGUAUGUAAUGUGUUCAUUGUAAAGAGGAAGAAAAGCAGGUGACUAUCCUUCUUUACAGUUUUGUCCCUAAUGACUUAAAUUUAGGGAGGUUUCGGAUUUUGUUUUACUUUAUCAUUUGGUGUCCUUCUGGCCUCCUGUAUGGCUGUCUUGUCUCCAAUGGCUGAAAGGCCAUUGUGUAUAUUUUCUCAUAAUAAAAGAGUGUUGUUUUGUUUUCUUGA